GAUCGUAUAUAUAUAUACCUUCCUGUGUGCAGUAUCUUCACUUCUUCAACAUCAGACCCCAGCGAACGAUCAGCCAGAUAACUCCAUCAUGAGGGCAAUCAUCCUUCUCGGCCUCGUAGCUGCUGUCCUUGCUCAACUGGACCGCGACGCUCUCCGUCGUGCGUUUGACGCGAUGGACGCUGACGACGACGGCAGCCUCGAGCUGAGCGAAGUUCAGGUCUACUUCGACAACAUCGACGCUAACAAGGACGGCGUCGUCAACCUACACGAGUACUCCGCCGCGCGUUCUGCUGGUGAGACCGAAGCGCAGGUCAAAGCCGCCUUCGACUACAACGACAAGCUGGACGGUGUGGUUGAUAACAAGAUCGCCAGGUCGGUCGUCACGGUCGUAUUCAACCGACUGGAUGCUAACAAGAACGGCAAGGUGUCGCAAGAGGAAUUCCUUGAAGGCUAUGCUAAGAUUCUGGCUGAGAUUGCAGCGAUCGUCGGUUAGAAACAAGACGAUUUCGGG